AUGCAGUUAGGUUUAGAAAAUUUAAAAGAUUUAUCACUGGAUGAUCGAAUACCAGUGAAUGAUGGAUAUAAAUACUUUGCGUAUAAAAACCCCAAAGAAACAUUUGGCUUAGGUGAACAGGGUGAUUACAUCGGAAGAGACAAGAAAAGAGACAGGUUCGUAGUUGUCAAGCGUAUAACAAGAGAUUCCAUACCAGAUCAAGAUCAAACCUAUCGACAUUUAGAAACACAGAUAAUCAAACAACUUAAUCAUCCCAACGUAAUACGUUGGUUGGACUAUCAUAUUACAGAUGGGUACGAAUACAUCAUUACCGAACUAAUCGAAAAUGGAUCACUCCAAACAUUUAUCAAAGUUAAUCCUACCUAUUAUAAAGAAGAAGGACAUCUAAAUGGGGCAAUCGUACAGAUAUUGAAAGGAUUGUCAUACAUUCACGCCAACAAUCUCAAACACCGUGACAUUAGACUAGGAAACAUUUUAGUAUCAGCAGAAUAUACUAUAAAGAUUGCUGGUAAGUUAUCUAUAUCUUUCAAAUGGUGUAUCAAACUAACAAAUGAUAUUUUAUGUUUAAAAACAACAUUAUUAGGUUUAGAAUAUUGUGAGUUGGCCGAUUUAGAAAAGACUAUUUUUAGUCAGCAUGGAAAUCCAUUGUAUUUUGGACCUGAUUAUUAUAUAGAUCCAGUAACAAUACAGAAUGAUUUAUGGAUGACUGGUAUUACAUUACUAUUCUUUUGUUGCAACGUUUUUAUCGGAGAUUCUCUCUUGCAAUUUUAUCAAAAAUUUGAGAGACACCAACGUUCAGUAUCUGAAUCACGGUCCGUAUCGAAUAUUGAUAUGUACCAAGCAAUCCCAAAGAUUUACUUGGAGACAAUUGACUUGUGUUUAUCUGGUACAUCGACUAUUCCUGCCAUCCUCCAACACCUUGUACCAAUUCCCCUCACUUUAUCCCCGGACACUGACGAUAUUGAAAAACAACAGCAACAACAACCGUCAGUAGCAAAAGGGCCAGGGUUUAAGAUGGCCAAAGACAGAUACCAAUACGCAACAAGUAAGGUUUUAGGAAGUGGUAGACAGGCAAUAGUGUACAAGGGAUGGGAUGUGCAAAACUUUUACAAAAGAGUGGCCGUAAAAUGUUUUGUCAAUGUUAGAAGGUCAAUGUCAAACGUAUUCAGUAUCCCCCGUGAAGAGUUUGUCAUUAUUCAGGGAUUAGAUCACCCAAACGUUCUCCGUUAUUUGGAUUAUAGUAUACAUGAAGAGUCGAAUCUCACCAAUGAGUGUAUCAUUAUGGAGAGAAUGAAACACAAAUCACUCUCCUACUUUAUGGAUAAAGAGCCACAUUACUUUCAAAAUGGAACUAAUCUCAGACAAGCAAUUGGCCAGAUACUAAAGGGUGUUCAGUAUCUUCACAACAACAAAAUCAUUCAUAGGGAUAUCAAGCCUGGAAAUAUUUUAGUGUCAAAAGACUAUACUUUAAAGAUUUGCGAUUUUGGAAUGAGCAAGUAUGAAGAAGGAGUCAGAGAUGAUUCCACUCAAGUAGGAUCACCAUUGUUCCUUGCACCCCUCUCUGAUUUGAUUAAUGGAACUACAGUUCAAACAGAUUUAUGGAGUGUUGGGAUCACCAUGCUGUUACUCUUACUUUAG